AUCCCAGGAAGCACAAGGAAACACAAGGAAACAGGGGUGACCAUGUCAGUGUGGAUGCCACCAUGCAGAGUCUGGUCCUGCAGGACCAGGGAUGUGGUUCAGGCCAACCCAUGGGGAUCUCCUCCACGAACCUCCCUUUUCCUUUUAUCCUGAUUCGAAUUUAAGUUUCCGCUUCUUCCUCAAAAAAAAAUCAGCUUUUGCUUGGUAGUGAAGAGUCCCCUGCACCCUGGAAAUGCCCCGUUGCCCUUGAUGUGAGCAGCUCCAUGAGAACCAUCAGCACCUUUGAGGAGCUGGGGACAAGGACAAGUUUGAGCACAUGAAGAGUAGGUUCCUUGGGAAAGUGUCACCUCCACACCAUCCCCCAGCUGCAGAAGGGCCCCAUGAUCUAGAGGUGGGACAUAUGGUCUGGAGGUGGGACACAUCUCUGGAUCUUACAGAGCUGGCUGGUACCUUAAACAGGAGGAAAAAAAGCAGUUGGCUGCACAUCAAACUCAUCACCUCUCCCAGAGGGAGACCUCCCAAGGGACCCAGUCCAGCACCUCGUUAGCUCAUUAGAGCCCACCAGGAUGGGUUCCCCAGGGAACUGAGUGCUCUCAGCUGUUGCCAACUGCCUUUAUGGGAAGUGUGCCGCUCACCUGGGUUAGGAGCAGCUGUGGGAGAUGUGGGCUAUAAAAGGUCCCUGGGCAGCAGUUGCUCCUUGUGCUGGACCCUGGUAGGCAGGAUGAAGUCUGGAAGCAGCCUGGGGUUUGCUCUUUUCUGCUGGGUUUUUGGGGAGGUUGUUUCUUACAACCCCUGGGGCUUCUUUAGAGGGGAGGCAGAGCUAUGGCGGUAUGGAGGGGAUCUUUCCUUGGGACAGCCCCGUGCUUUCUCCCAGCCCUGGGCAUGGGUGGAUGUGUCCCAGCUCCAGGCUGUGGCCCCACUGCACCCCGUGGCUGUGCAGUGCCAGGAGGCGCAGGUGGUGGUCACGGUGCACAGGGACCUCUUUGGUACGGGGCGGCUGGUCAGGGCUGUGGAGCUGACCCUGGGCUCGGCUGGCUGCCUGCCUGUGGCCCCGAGUGCUGCUGAGGGCACCGUGACCUUCGUGGCUGGACUGCACGAGUGUGGCAGCACCCUUAAGGUGACCCCUGAUGCUCUAGUGUACAGCACGAGCUUAAAUUACAAUCCAGUUUCUGCUGGCAACCCUGUCAUCAUCCGCACCAGCCCUGCCAUGGUUCCAAUUGAGUGCCAUUACCCAAGGAGGGACAAUGUGAGCAGCUAUGGUGUGAAGCCCACCUGGGCACCCUUCCACUCCACCCUCUCUUCUGAGGAGAAGCUGUCCUUCUCCCUGCACCUCAUGAAUGAUGACUGGAGUGCUGAGAGAGUCUCCACCAUAUUUCGGUUGGGAGAGGUCCUCCACUUCCAAGCUGGUGUCAACACUGAGAACCAUGCACCUCUGAGGCUCUUUGUGGACAAUUGUGUGGCUACCCUGACCCCGGACAGGAGCUCCUCUCCCCAGUAUGCUUUCAUUGACUUCAGUGGGUGCCUGGUGGAUGGGCAACUGGAUGAUGUGACCUCAACUUUUAUAUCCCCAAGACCCAGGCAAGAUGUGCUUCAGUUUGCAGUAGAUGCAUUCAAGUUUGCAGGAGACUCCCGCAAUCUGAUCUACAUCACCUGCCACAUGAAGGUCUCCCUGGCUGACCAAGCUCCAGACCCUCUGAACAAGGCUUGCUCCUUCAACAAAGCCAGCAGCCUCUGGACUCCUGUGGAAGGCACCAGGGAUGUCUGCUCCUGCUGUGAGCUGAGGAGCUGUGGCUCAGCCAGGCACUCCAGGAGGCUCUAUGCUCCCUCACAAUGGCAAGGAGGACGCGUCCGGAGAGAGCUGCCCUCCCAGCUCGAUUCUGUGAUGAAAGAAGCAGAUGUUGUGGUUGGACCUCUCUUCAUCCACAGCUGGCAGGACCACCCAGUUAGGAGGAAGCCUUCCCCAGGUCACUUGUGGAUGGUGUUGGGGCUGGCUGCGGUUGCUGGGUUGGCCAUCCUGAUCAUCGGUGUCCUGGGAGCUCUGGCUGUCUGCUGGAAAGCCAGCAACCCUGUCUAAGUCACUGGCUUCAACUUUUCUAGUCUGUCCAAGAAGAGAAUAAAUGGGAGGACUGUGAGGCUUGGUGGGGAGACAAGUCUUCCUAGAGGUAGACAAAUACUAAUCUUCAUGCUAACUUGUACCUGUGCCUCUUUGCCUCCCUAAACCCAGUUUAGAUACCUCAUUAUGCUGAAGCCCUGUCCUCAGCAGAGCUUUGUACAGUCUUGCACCCCCAUGAACUCCUCCCUGAGCACCCAGCUGGGAAGUGAUGCGGGAAAAAUAGCCACCCAGAUGCUCUGUUUUCUUGUCUGUAGAAGCUUGGAGUUGUGUUUAGCCCCAAAACCUUUUACCUUUCUGUGGAGCUACUCGGGUCUGCUCCAUACUGGUAACUCCUUACUCAAUAAGCUAAGAGUUUAAUAAAACUUUGAUCAUUCUC